GGAGGAGGAGGGCAGAGCAGAGAACGAGCUCAGCCGCCAUUUUCCCCCCGAACAUUAUCUAGCAGCAGAAAAACAGCAGUAGCGCCACCUCCGCGGUCGCUGCGGCUGCCUUCUGCCGUACGCGGGUGGAGGGUCGGGUACGAAGGCAAAAAGGGGGUGGCGAAGGCGGAGAGGAGGAAACGCCGCAGAGACUGUUGCACAUUGUGCCCCACUUCGAAGAAGAGCGGGAGACCCUCCUUUGCAGUAGGAGGAGGAGGAGGCACCGCAACAGCCGCCGUCGCCGCCACUGGGGGGAGAAAGCCAGGAGCACCUUCCCCCCCCAUCGCUGCCGCCGCCUCUCCCUCCUCUUGGGUGCGUGGGGUGGGGGCGGUUGCAAAAGAGAAAGCAACCUUCCCGCCCCCCCCCGAGUCCUUUCCUUCCCCAGCCCUUUUCCUGCCCGCCCGCCCUCCUUGCCCGCAGAAGAGCAGGGAGCAGGCGGGCAGGGAAAGGGGGAGCUGGGGCUGGAAGGAAGGGGGAGAAAGGGAGCGACCGAGAGAGAACAGUAACGGCAAGAAGACGAUUUGUGGUUUCGGGAGCGAGGGAAGAAGACUCUGCUUCUCGCAUUCGCCUUGUUUGCAAACUGCGCCCUUUUUGUUAUUACUACAUAUAUAUAUUUUUUGCGUCGGGCCGGAUCCGCCCGGACUCUGCUCUCAGCUCCGUCACGUGGCUGCCCUUCGGCGAGGCAGAAAAACACUGCAGAGCUGGCCUCUGCAAGGGGAGAGGCUGGACUUCCCAACUCUCUGUGCUGAAUGGCUACUAUGGCGCCCGCUCUCACUGACGCAGCAACUGAAGCUCACCACAUCCGGUUCAAACUGGCUCCCUCAUCCUCUUCCCUGUCUCCUGGCAGUGCCGAGAAAAACGGCAACGCCAACAACAUCCUUGUUGCCAGUAACGUCACCAAAAGGAAAGCUGAGGAUUCCAGUCUAGAUUUCCGAAAUAAUUCUACAAAAGAAGAGCUGGGAAAGCUGCAGCCAUUGGUAGCAUCUUAUCUCUGUUCAGAUGUAACAUCUGUUCCUCCAAAGGAGUCUUUGAAACUGCAAGGGGUCUUCAACAAGCAGACAGUCCUUAAAUCUCAUUCUCUGUUGACUCAUCCUUUCUUGAAAACUAGUGAUCUGUUGGGAAGGCCACCAGUGUUGGAGAUUUCCUUGGAAAAUCUAAAAACCAUGAGUACAAGUAAUCAGACACCUUUGCCACAAACACCUGUCAAUGGUUUGGCUAAAAAAUUAGCUAAAACUAAUAGCUCUGACCAUGAAAGUUCUGUUUCACUUAAUGGUGGUAAGAGUGCACCUUCUUCUGCGACUCUCCAGGAAGUUGAUUCAAAUAGAUCUGGAAGUUGUGAUUUGGAGGACCUGAAGUCUGGUUUGAGCAAUUGCACUCUACCACAUAAAAGCCCAGAUGCAGAGCAUGCUACCCCACUUAGCAAUAAUGGCAUGACAAAUAAACAUGACCACAGUUCCCCAGAGCAGCAGUGUGGACUCGAAGGGGAUGGGGAGAACAGGUUGCUUUUGUUAUCUGGAAUGCCUGUUUGUUCUGAGCUUGGAAGCAGCAAGCCAGAGGAACAGAAGAUCACUCUGCCGAACAGUUCCUUUAGCACUCUAGAUUCAGAUAUGAGGACAAAGGUGCUACUGCGGAGGCAGGCAGACAUUGAGAAUCGUGCUCGCAGGCUGCAAAAGCGGCUGCAGGUGGUACAGGCCAAGCAGGUAGAGCGGCACAUUCAGCAACAGCUUGGUGGAUUUUUACAGAAAACGCUAAGCAAGUUACCUGCUUUGGACUCCUUGAGACACCGGAGUCAGCUAAUGCUGACCCGCAAGGCAGAAGCAGCUCUAAGAAAAACUGCAAAUGAGACAAGUACCUCGGAAGGACUGAGCAACUUCCUAAAAAGUGACUCUAUCUCAGAAGAACUAGAAAGGUUUACUGCCAGUGGAAUGGCUAAUCUGCGCUCUUGUGAGCAAACAUUUGAUUCUGAUGUCACAGACAGUAGCUCAGGUGGAGAGUCUGAUAUUGAAGAAGAGGAACUGGCCAAAGCAGAUCCAGAACAGCACCAUGUACCCCUGAGGCGAAGGUCAGAAUGGCAGUGGGCAGCAGACAGAGCCGCUAUUGUCAGUCGCUGGAACUGGCUUCAAGCUCACGUCUCAGAUUUAGAGUACCGAAUCCGGCAGCAAACAGAUAUAUACAAACAAAUUCGAGCCCACAAGGGACUGGUACUGCUUGGUGAGAUGCCUCCUUCUGACCCUGUAUUAAGUCAUUCAACUCAUAGUCUUAGUGUUGACCGCAAGAUCGAACCUGGAAUUGACAGACUGUCAUCGGAGAACCUUGGUAUGUCCAUUAGUCAUACCCAAGAAUCUUUAACUGCCAAAACCUGUGGAGUGCCGAGACCAGUCAACGGAGUCAUUAACACUCUACAGCCAGGCUUGACAGAGCAAACUCAGGGAGAUGGCUCAGAUGCUGAGGAGCUGUUGCGGAAAAAGCAGAGAUUAAAUAUGAUGUCUUCAAUUCCUGAUGGAACCUGUGUGGCAGCCCGCACACGCCCUCUUCUCAACUGCAAGAAGCGGAGGCUUGUUCGACCCAGCAAUCUAAUUCCACUAUCCAAAAAGGUUUAUCGUAAACCACAGCGGUGUGGUUGUGAUGUGAACUCUUUGUGUGUUCUCUGUGGCUCUCGAAGCUCAAUGCCUUCAGAAAUCCAGUAUGAAGCCCCUUUGAUGGAGCAUCUCUCACAGUUGGAUUCCUGCAUCCACCCUGUACUUUCAUUCCCAGAUGAUGUACAAGUAAGCUUACAUCUUCAGGGCAUGUUGAAAUCCCACUUACAGAACAAGCCCUGUGAGAAAAUCAAACCUCCCAAAAAGUUCGUGUUGAAGCACCGAUCCACCGGGCCUCUCAGCAGCCUGUCUGACUCAAUGCGCAAAGACCGUCACAAGCUGGUUAAUACCUUUUUAGCAGCAGCCACUUGCUCACAUCACAAAAUCGAGCCAGACAAGGCACACAGGCAGCCCUUAAACGAUGUGAGGGCUGCUCUCAAGGCCGAGAGAGCGCCAGAGCGCUCACUUAUCCUGACGGCAGUUCAUGAAAGAAAGCGAUUGCGGGACAGCUCCUCCAAGAGAAGUGAAGUGUUGAAGCACCACGCAGAGAUAGGAGGGCCAAGUUAUUUGUCGAGUGCUAUGGCCUCCACGGCUCACAGUUCCUUCAUGAGGCAGCUCUCCACUUCCUCUGAAAAUUCCAUCCCUCCUGUCACCACAAGCUCCCUGGGAAGUUCCAGUGCAACUGUUUCCCAAGUUGGCCACCAUUUUAAAAGUUUGAAAUGUAAUAAGCAGCCGCCAAGAAGGAGAAGAGGGGAAAGCUCUUUUGAUAUUAACAACAUUGUCAUACCAAUGUCUGUUGCUGCCACAACCAGGGUAGAAAAACUUCAGUACAAAGAAAUUCUUACACCAAGCUGGCGUGUUGUGGAUGUUGGUGCUAUGAAGGUGAAUCCAGAUGAAGACAGUGAAGAGAUAGAGGAUAUGUCCGAUGCAGCCUUUGCCACUCUCCAUGCUAAGUGUGAGGAAAUGGAGCGAGCCAGGUGGCUGUGGAGCACAAGUUUACCACCACAACGGCGAGGUAGCAGGUCAUACAGGUCUACAGAUGGGUGGACAACCCCACAGUUGGGGAAUCCAUCUACCCCACAGCCAGCCUCACCUGAUGUUGGCAACUGCUGUCUGCAUUCUGAUUUCUCCUAUCUACACUCUCCACGCAGCCCCAUCAGUCCCGACCUGUUCUCUGGACCUCAUACCCCUUUGUCCCGAGAAUCCAUGCGGCAUCUAUCAACAGAAGACACGCGUUGUUCCACACCGGACUCUGGCCUUGAUGAGCAAACUAUACACCCCUGGGAACGCCGCACUUUCCCACUGUCUUACAAUGCCAAGAUGGAGUGUGAGGAACAGACAGAUCCACAGGACCGGUCAUCACGUUGCACGCGGCGCACAUCUGGCAGCAAGCCCUCCCGAGAACCAGACACAGCCUCCAUCUCACCUUCCCUUGCUUGCAGCAAGAGCCGGAAUUCGGGGGCCACAGCCACAGUUCAGCGGCCGGCCCACAGAUAAAAGAGGGACAGAAAAAUGGAGCAAAAAGGAAAAAAAAUCCACCAAAUUAACUUUUGGCAUUAAAAGUUUCUGAAAUCUGCGUUUGAUAUUCAAACAUUCUGCCGGGAAUUUUCACAGUUUUUAGUGAAUUUAAGGAAUUUAGAAACUGUUUUCUUUCUUUCCUUCCUUCUCCCCCCCCCCUUUCUUUCCAUGUUUCUUUGUCUCAAACACACCUUAUCCAGUGUUGUGGAUGAGGAGAGCAAACCUGCCACUCCCUCCCUGAUCACAGUAUACACUCCUCAAAAAAGGGAGUGAAGCAGGCUGGUUGACCCUGGAAAAUUAGUUCACUGGUGAAAGGAUACUUUUCAUUUGUUUUCUUUCUUUUACUGUUUAAUGUCUGUUUUCCUCACCUGCCAACAUCAUGGUGCCCUCCCUCACCCUUAAAAGUUUAGUGAAGUGAAAUUAGUGAUAACAAGUGAUGUUAACUGAACGAGAACUUCCCUCCCCCCUUCCCCCAUCCACUGGCACUAGAAAGCACUUGCAAUGCAAACUCAAGAUCACUUGGUUCCUUAAGGAUAGCUACCCAUUGUACCAACUAUCAACAAGAAGCUCUUCUCCAGCAACCUUGAUAUGUUCUGGGGUUUUCUGCUCCUUCUGAGACUGUCUCUCCAUGUUAAAUAAGUUCAGUUGUGCGAGAAAAAGCAUUUUUCCAUUAUCAGCCUAGAUAUGUUUUGGAUGUUUUAUUCAUAUUGUGUUUUGUUUUUUAAUGGCAGAUUAUUAGUGGGGAUAAGGCUGACAACCAUUCAUUUCAAGAAGAACCUUUUUUAUGCUUUUUUUUUUUUUUUUUUUUGCUGAAUGUGAUCUAGGAUUACUUUCUUCCCUUUUCCUGUUAAUUACUAACACUUUGUGUUUUCUUUUAAUUUUGCAUUCUGUCCAUUAGUUUGAAAGCUGUAGGUUAUACAUCUGCAGCUAAUAGAUUGCAAUACAGUAGUGUUGAGCCUUAAGUAUUGGGAGCGAUGUCACAGGAUUCAACAAUUUGCCACCCCAGAUCCACAAGCCAUAGAAUGAGUGCGAUAUAAUCUCGUUGUUCCCUUUUCUUGCACUCUUUGUUAAAAGUAGUAGUCUAUGCAUUGCUUGAGAUUUUGAACAUGUCUGAGUACCAAAAUAUUUGUUUUUUCCAGAGAAAGAUUGGAUAUUGUUUUUCACCUCUACCUCUUAACUUGACUGAAGCUUACAAGUUUUGAGGAAGAAAUGAAUCUUAGUCAUGUCGUCCCCAGUUCCCCCCCCCCCCCCAAUGGCUUGGGCUGAGUCUUGCCAAGCUGAACAAAUCUGAAGUUUGUUUUUUUUUUAAAUAAUUUAAAAAGCAGUUUUGAGAGAGAACUGAAUUUCAAGUUUUCCUGAAAAUGGCUUGGACUGACUUUUGCCAAACUGAACAGAUCUGUUUUUUUGUUUGUUGGUUUUUUUUAAUUUAAAGAGGUGAUUUUGAGAGAGAAGUGAAUCUCAGUCACGUUUUAAUUUUUCCCUUGGCUGAAUCUUGCCAAGCUGAACAGAUCUGAUUUUUUUUUUUUUAAUUUAAAGAGCAGUUUUGAGAGAGAAAUAAAUCUCGUCUUUUUUUUUCCCCCUAAAAAUGGCUUGGACUGAUUUUUACCAAGUUGAACAGAUCUGAAUUUAUUUUAAUUUAAAGAGGCCACUGUCUUCAGUUCACAUCUCUGGUCACUCCCAUAUUUUGCACACCAAUCCAUUGUAAUGUUUUCCUAACCUUAGCGGUGUGGCUGUUGGUCCCUGUCCUGUUGUUAAGCAUUGCGCCUGUCUUCUGUAUUAAUCACAUCACCCAAAAAAAGGGGAAAAAAACUUUUUUUCUCAUUUUGUAAUCGUAACAAAAUAGUAGCUAAACUGCUUAAUGGUUGGGGUUUUUUCACAAUUUUCAACAUUACCUAAAGUUUUUGGUUCUGUUCUGUUGUUUUUUUUUUUUUUUGUUUUUUUUUACAAAAAAGGAAAAACCCAAUGCUACUAUAUCCCUCUGCAUUAAGUGCUUUUCUAUUUAUAAAGUUGAGAAUUCUGAAUAACCAUCUUAGCGUUAAAAGGAAAAAAACUACAAAAAAUAAAAAUAAAACCCACCUUGUAUUUUGUAAAUAUUUCUUUUCCUGCUUCAAGCUGUGUAAUGUCCUUGUUAUAUAGAAAUGCUUUUCUUCAGAGAAGCUGAUCUUUGUUUAAUGUCUUGAUUCUGUUGGCCAAAGCACCAAUGUGUGCUUAUAAAAAAAAAUUAAAAAAAUUUAAAAGUUAA